CGUCGAGUGGACAAGACGGAUACACGUUGGUUAAGUCGUACGCAGACAGGCCCGGGCAUGACGAGUUUGACCUGCAAACAUACCCAAGGUUUCCUCCCCCCCCUCUCCCCGUUUACAAACACACACACACACACACACACUCGCAUAGAGUACUUGUCGCACUUAGAACUUGCUCCAAGAUGUACACAAAUCACUCGCAUACCGUAUCCUCUCAUCAAACACGAAGUCCGCACAGGCCACAGGCUGCUGGAAAGGGGUAAGCGGGCUGGCAGAAACAGGGAUCUAGAUGUGGCAAAUGCAGGAAUUCAUUUACGUCAGCAGCAGGUAGGUGGCAAGGGUUAGGGUUAUAUGGG